GUUGAGAUCACAUAAUGUCGGAGGAAAUUAUUCAAAACGGUCCAGCAUGGCUCACCAGGGAUUACGUGAAGAAAAAACUGUGCCGCUAUUUUAAGGACGACACCCUCCAGUUGAAGAAACUCAGUAUUAAUCCGGCUACAGCCAAAGGAGAGAAUUAUGCCAGCGUGAUGAGCCGAAUUAAUGUGGAGUAUAUCACAAAGGAUUCAAAGGACAUCCAGGACGGAACAUUCCUGUUGAAAACUACAUUCGCCGACAAGGAUCCUGCGGCUGACUUGCUCACCGACUACGGGGUUUACACCAGGGAGAUGGACAUGUACGAGCAGAUCCUGCCCCACUUGGGAAAGAUGGUGAAGGAAGAGCUCAAUGACCCCAGGAAAUUGUUUGCGGCUACCGUUAAUGUGGAUCGCGAGCGCGACUCGAUCAUCUUUGAGGAUCUGUCGCAGGAGCAGUACAAUGUGGCUUGCCGUCUAAAGAAACUGGAUCUGGAGCACACGCAUCUGGUUCUGGACAAGCUAGCUAAGUUCCACGCUGCCGCUGCAGUUUUGGCCGAACGACAGCCCGGAAUAUUUGAUGUAAACUACGAUCGAGGAUAUUUCAACAAACAUAUACGCGGCUUCGAACCCACCAAUAGAAAUCUUUUGAUGGCCUUGUCGCGCUCACUAGAGUUGAAUGAGGGCCUUAAAGAACGCUACCAGGCGAAAAUCGAUCGUCUGGUCGAUAAUAUAAUGGACUACGGCGAGCGGUCGACGUCACAUAAUCCAGGGGACUUUUUAACUUUGGCCCAUGGAGAUAUUUGGACAACAAACGUUAUGUUUCAAUAUGAUGGAAAGGGACAUCCCAUCAACGCCAUCUUAAUUGAUUUCCAGUUCAGCGUUUGGAAUUCUCCGGCAAUCGAUCUACACUAUUUCUUCUCCACUUCGAUACACGAUAAUCUGCGCUGGAAACAUCAGCCAGAGUUGGUUCAGUUUUACUACCAUAAACUGGUAAAAUCCCUGAAGAAGCUGAAGUAUUCAGGAACCAUCCCGAGUUUAUUUGAAUUUCAACAGCAGUUUCGGGCCAGAGCAUUUUAUGCUGUGUUUUCCUCACUGAUUUUCGAGCCCGUCAUGCUGUACAAUGGCACUGAGGAGGCCUCCGUCGCCCAGGGAAUGGCCGAAACCGAGAGCGGAAUACGGUUCAGAGAUUCCGUAUAUGCGGCUGAUCACAUCAGAGAAGAAAUGCUUCACACACUGCCAUUCCUUGAUGAGUUGGGAUUGCUAGAUGAAAUGUAA